AUGCUAACGACUCGUGUCAUUGUAAUAGCAAAAAGCUGCCCAAGCCGCUCUGAACCAGGCACGUCCACGAUCACCGACCCACCGAACUGCGCCGCGAUUUUGACUAACCGUUCGCUGCAGUUCAAGGAGGAUCCCGAUGCCUGGUUGAUGGUGGAUGAUAUCCUGUCGAGGGCGACGUACGAACAAACCAAAUGUUUGCACCCCCCAUGGUCCUCCCACGGGACCAGUGUCAAGGCAAGAAUCCGUAACUUCGUCGUGCAGUACAUCCUGCAGUGUUCCAACAGCGAGGAGGCUCUCAAAACUCACCGCACCCUUCUCAACAAACUCAACCUCGUCCUCGUCUCGGUCCUAAAGCAGGAAUGGCCCCACAACUGGCCUACGUUCAUCAACGAGAUCAUUUCCGCCUGCCACUCGAGUUUGUCGGUAUGCGAGAACAACAUGAUCAUUCUACGACUUCUCUCCGAGGAGGUCUUCGACUACUCUGCCGAGCAGAUGACGUCGACCAAAACCCGCAACCUGAAGACAACCAUGUGCGCCGAGUUUUCACAGAUCUUCCAGCUCUGCCAGGAGAUCCUCAACAGCGCCGACCAGCCGAGCCUUAUCAAGGCCACCUUGGAAACGCUCUUGCGCUUCUGUAAUUGGAUUCCAUUGGGAUAUAUCUUCGAGACGCCCUUGAUCGAGACGCUCCGGACAAGGUUCCUCGAGGUGCCGGAGUUCCGGAACAUCACGCUGCAGUGCUUGACCGAGAUUGGCGGUUUGCAAACGGGAGGCCCAGGCCAGAUGAACUCGUAUGACGAGCAGCUGGUCAAGAUGUUUACCGAGGUCUUGACAUCCAUUUCCAACAUCAUCCCCCUGGACAUGGACCUCAAGACAACAUAUCCACAGAGCAACUCCCGCGACCAGGAGUUUAUCCAAAACUUGGCGCUUUUCCUCUGCAACUUCUACGGCAUGCAUUUGCCGCUCAUUGAAAACCUUCCGAAUCGGGACUUCCUCACCCACGGCCACUUUUACCUGAUUCGAAUUUCCCAGAUCGACGACCGCGAAAUCUUCAAGAUCUGCCUCGACUAUUGGCUGAAACUCGUCCAGGAACUCUACGAGGAGAUGCAGUCACUGCCUAUUUCCGACAUGACCUCGAUGUCCCUGAAUGUGAUGGGCGGCGGCGGCGCGCCAAACCCGGCUCUGCUCACCAACUACCCGCUCCGCAAGCACAAGUACAACGAGGUUUUGUCGAACCUACGGGUGGUCAUGAUCGAGAAGAUGGUCAGGCCGGAGGAAGUUCUGAUCGUGGAGAACGAAGAGGGCGAAAUUGUCCGCGAAUUCGUUAAAGAGACGGACACGGUUCAACUUUACAAGACGAUUCGGGAGUGCCUCGUUUACCUCACCCAUCUGAAUGUCAUCGACACUGAGCAGAUCAUGACGGAGAAACUAGCGCGACAGGUAGACGGGUCCGAGUGGUCGUGGCACAACUGCAACGUCCUGUGCUGGGCCAUCGGUUCCAUUUCUCUAGCCAUGAACGAGGAGACAGAGAAGCGGUUCCUCGUCACCGUGAUCAAGGAUUUGCUCGGCCUUACCGAAAUGAAGCGCGGCAAGGACAACAAAGCCGUGGUGGCCAGCAACAUUAUGUAUAUUGUGGGGCAAUAUCCGCGUUUCCUCAAGGCCCAUUGGAAGUUCCUGAAGACGGUUGACAUGGCCUGCGAUACUUUCAUCAAGAUCGCCAAGCAGUGCAGGCGUCACUUCGUUGCGCUCCAACCUAGCGAGAACGAGCCGUUCAUCGAGGAGAUUAUCCGCAAUCUUGGUAAGAUCACUUGCGAUCUGACUCCUCAGCAAGUUCACACGUUCUACGAGGCAUGUGGCUACAUGGUGGCGGCCCAGGGGAAUAGAAAUCAACAGGAGCGCCUGCUGUCCGAGCUGAUGGCCAUCCCGAAUGCCGCCUGGGACGAGAUCAUCAAGCAGGCGACCAUCAACCCAGCCAUUCUACAAGACGCCGAUACUAUCAAGAUUAUUGGCAACAUCAUGAAGACCAACGUGUCUGCCUGUUCGUCUAUCGGGCCUUACUUCUUCCCUCAGAUCGGCCGCCUGUACAACGACAUGCUGCAGAUGUACGCGGCGACCAGCCAGCUUAUCUCUGAGGCGGUUGCCCGUGAAGGCGAGAUUGCGACCAAGAUGCCCAAGGUCCGCGGUCUACGGACCAUCAAAAAGGAGAUCCUGAAGCUUAUCGAGACCUUUGUCGACAAGGCGGAAGAUCUGCAAGCCGUUCGGACCCAGAUGGUGCCCCAGCUUCUUGACUCCGUGCUGGUUGACUACAGCCGCAAUGUCGCCGGUGCUCGUGAUGCCGAGGUCUUGAAGGCCAUGACCGCCAUGAUUACCAAACUUUCGCACCUUAUGGAGGACCAAGUACCCGUGAUCAUGGAGAACGUUUUCGAAUGCACUCUGGACAUGAUCAACAAGGACUUUUCCGAGUUCCCCGAGCAUCGUGUCGAGUUCUUCAACCUUCUCCGGGCCAUCAAUCUUCACUGCUUCCCUGCCCUCCUGAAGCUUGACAACCGGCAGUUCAAGUUUGUGAUCGAUUCUUGCUUGUGGGCAAGCAAGCACGACAACCGCGACGUCGAAACGGCUGGGCUGAACAUGUGCCUAGAAUUGAUCAACAACAUUGCCGAGAAGACGGACGUGCAGACCUCGAAUGCUUUCUUCAACCAGUUCUUCAUCACGAUUCUGCAGGAUGUCUUCUUUGUCCUGACGGACCAGGACCAUAAGGCCGGCUUCAAGACGCAGUCGAUGCUGCUGAUGCGGCUGUUCUACUUCAUUUCCCCCGCCGACGCCACGCAACCGAAGAUCCAGGGACCCAUCUACCAGCCCGACCAGGCGCAACCCGGCACGAGCAACCGCGAAUUCUUGGGCAACUUUGUUAGCACCUUGUUGCAGAACGCGUUUGGCAAUCUCACCCCGUAA